UGGUUCUGUGUUGGUGAAAUUACAUUACUCUUUGACGCGAUGUUUUGAGCUGUGUUUUGAUUUCCAAAGAGUAUGUCACUCCACCAUCACAGUAAUCAAAGAGUUUGUGGAUACUCAUUGUUUUCAACCAUUUCUUCAUGUUUUCCAAUGUUUUCUGGUCUGUGAUGUGAUUUAUUUAUUGUGAAGUUAUAAACUUAGUGAUUGGAAAAUUAAUUAGAUUGAAUCAAAUCAAAAAGUGCAACAGCCCUACGUAAAUAGGAAAUACUACCCUGAAAAUGACUUCCGCUGGCAGGAAUCCUAAGUACGAAGAUACUUUGCAAUGUUUUUUCUUUUCAACUACAGAACUUUCUGAAAAUGAAUGGAAAAAUCUCUGCGAUUCAAUAAAUAGAAUAAUAGCAUCAAUGUCUAAGGAUUACAUAUGGCAUAGAGAUGAAUUUAGAGUUAAUCUGCCGAUUUUAACAGAUCAAUCUAAUGAGAUUCCAUGUUACCUUCUGAGUACUACAUGUUUUGGCGAUAACAUUGAGGAUGAAUGGUUCAUAGUUUAUCUAAUAUUAGAGAUAACAAAAAUAUACAACCAUAUGAUUAUUCAAAUUGAAGAUAAUGAUGGAGAUUUCCUUCUUAUUGAAGCUGCAGAUUAUUUGCCAGACUGGGCUAAUCCUGAAACCACUGAAAACAGGGUAUUUAUUUUCAAUCAACACUUGCACAUUAUACCUAAUACAGUAGUACCUACGGAUUCACCCUUGAAAUUAAUUGAAGCAAUAAGGCUUGUUUCACAAAAUCCUGAGCUAACUCAAUCAUCUCCCGAAAUUGAACUGGCUAUUAUGAAAAGAAUUGGAGAAUAUCCUCAAAAAAUAAAGGAAAGUAGUCACACAGCAAUUCUAAAAUUACCUGUGGAAAUAGCUGCAAUAUUAACCCUGAAGCCAUCCCUACUAGCUCCCAUAGUGAGUACAUAUUGCAACUUAGAUGUACUUGAUGCCAAACAUUGUAAAGGUAUCAAACUUGAGGACUGUAUAAGUACACAAAUAAAAUUUACCAAAUACUUGUAUGCUAUGCUUAUGCAAUCUGAACUUCCUAAAUAUAUUAGGCACAACAAUGCAGUGAAAGAGAAAAAAGCUCAGCUUGGACUAAAAGUUAUGUGUGGCUAUAGAAUAAUAACGAGUAGACUAUCUGAAGAUAUAUAUCAUACACCAGAAUACAAAAAGUUUCUCAAUAGUCUAACCAAGAAUGGUUACUUCAAGGAUAAUUUGGAGGGUUCUCUUGAGUAUUCACAGUUGUUAGAGAAGGCAAUGGCCUACUUUUUAGAUAUGGAAUGCUCAAUAAGUUUAAAUGCUUGCAAUGUCAUCAAUGAAAUAAAGUCUUCUGAUGAAUUUAAUAAAACUAUAGCAUUAUUGAAACAAAAAAGUGAUACAGAAAUGUUAGAAGAGGAUGACGAUGCCUGGUUAAAUGUUAGUCCAGAUGAACUAAAUGAGUUUUUGAAUACCCAUUAUGGUAAAAAUGUCAAGCUGAAGAACAAAGAUCCUUUAACGCCACAUAUAUUGACGUCAGAAUUAACAGAUUUUCUAAAAGAAACUUCCAAUUUCGAUGGCAUAGAACAUAAUAGAAAAGAAAACACUAAAGACUCUAUUGAUUUUAACUCUGAUGACUUUGUUAAUUGCAUAGAGAAAUUGUUGAACAUGGUUUCAAAUCAAAGUAUCACUGACAGCGAUUACAGUAGCGAUGAUGAUGAUGAUGGUGAAGAUUGUGUUGAAAAUAAUAUGGAUUUAAGUUGCGAAGCUCAAGACGUAGAACUUGCUUCAAAGUUGAAAUCAAUACAAAAUGAUGAUGUUGAAUUUAACAUUUUCAAAAAUUUAUCACAAAGUAUGAAAGACGAGGGCAUGUUAGGCCCUGCUAGUACUAUUUUAAGACAAAUUGGAGUAAAAAAAUGUGAUAUACUAGAUUCAGAUGAUGAUGACUAAUUGGUGGUUAAUAGAUAUUGAUAAGCAAUU